CGGCGGGAUGGAGGCGGCGGCGGAGCCCGGAAGCCUGGCGGGCGUCCCGCACGUCAUCCUGGUCCUCUCCGGGAAGGGGGGUGUGGGCAAAAGCACCAUCUCCACGGAGCUGGCUCUCGCCCUGCGCCACGCGGGCAAGAAGGUGGGGAUCCUGGACGUCGACCUGUGCGGCCCCAGUGUCCCCCGCAUGCUCGGGGCGCAGGGCAGGGCCGUGCACCAGUGCGCCGCCGGCUGGGUGCCCGUCUUCCUGGACCAGGAGCAGACCCUGGCCCUCAUGUCUGUGGGCUUCUUGCUGGAGCGGCCGGACGAGGCCGUGGUGUGGAGAGGCCCCAAGAAGAGUGCGCUGAUAAAGCAGUUCGUGAGCGAUGUGGCCUGGGGGCCGCUGGACUACCUGGUCGUGGACACGCCCCCGGGAACCUCUGACGAGCACACGGCCGCCCUGGAGGCCCUGCGCCCCUACAGUCCGCUGGACGCGCUCGUGGUCACCACGCCCCAGGCGGUGUCCGUGGGGGACGUGCGGCGGGAGCUGACCUUCUGCAGGAAGGCGGGCCUGCGGGUCGUGGGGCUCGUGGAGAACAUGAGUGGCUUCGUGUGUCCGCACUGUGCGGAGUGCACCAGCGUCUUCUCCCGGGGAGGCGGUGAGGAGCUGGCCCGGCUCGCGGGGGUGCCCUUCCUAGGCUCCGUGCCGCUGGACCCCGAGCUCACGAGGCGCCUGGACGAGGGGCGCGACUUCAUCAGCGAGUUCCCCGGCAGCCCCGCGUUCCCCGCGCUCCGCGCCAUAGUCCAGAAGCUCCUCAGCCGGCCGUCCUGAGAGCCUCGGGCGCGGGGCGCGCUGGUGCGGAGGCCUGGCGUGGGCCGGCCCUCUGCGCCCUCCCUGUCCCGCCGCCAGAGCCGCUGAGGGGUCGUCGCGGGAACUGGGAGCUCGUGGGAGGCGGCGAUUAAACGUGCCCGUCUGGGCUUUCAC